AUUCAAUGAAGAACGUCAUUUGGAUUUGCUUAUCAGUUUGCCUUUUGUUGUCAAUAACUAGCGCAGGAAUAGUAGAAGAUCUAGUCGGUAAAGCUACUGGUAUUAAUGUCACUCAGAAGAUAGAAGAGCAGAACAAGUUGAGCGAAUAUGCACACAAUAUCAAUGACAGUCAAUGGAAGUUGUUAGUAGAGAAUAGCAAUCAGGAUAACGUCUGGCUCAUCCUCAUCACAUCGGGAAAACAGGACGAGUUUGAGCGUUUAUUGAAAGAAUCAUUCAAUAACCUUGCAGAAGAAACACGCGAUGACGAUAAUAUCAAGCUCGGCAGAGCAGAUUGUAAGAGAAGGCCACAUUAUGAAACAUUAUUAAUGGAACACUCAGAUGGAAACGAUAUACGCAGCUUGAGCACACGUUGGUUGCUCUUCCAAGUACCGAUCUAUGUAUUCACAGACGAUAAUGGACGUACUCUGCGCUUUAUGUCACCAUAUCAUUAUACUCCGUCAUCGACAAACUUGCGUAAGUUGCUGCUAGAGAAAGGCUACAAAGAUCUUCCUAUUUGGGACUCCGAGUUCAGCUAUGAAGGAAAAUACGCGCGUUAUAUGGAUGUUUACACAAAUCUCUCACUAUACUUGCACUCUAAGUUAGAUGUUAUCCCAAGUAUAGUUUGGUAUAUUGGCAUAGCCAGUGCAUCUUCGUCCCUUCUCAAAUGGAUGCAUAAAGAUGAUAAGAAGAAUCUAGCUAGACAAAAAGGGUCUGCAGAAAAGGAUAACGCGAGUGCACACACACGCUCAAAAACCGCCGUCAAAUAA